AUGGUGAACUUCGACAUGAUAGAAAGCCCACUUGAAGAUCUUGGCCAUGCACGGGCCAAUGUUAGCUCUGGUUCGGCUGGUGUGCUAUCUGACUACGACCCCGAAAGACUCUUCCAACACUGCUGGCGACGAAACUCUUGUGGGGAGUGUCUAAAAACUCACAUGCCGUGUGGAUGGUGCCCGACUAGUCAAGCCUGUGUUCCGGUAUUUUCGGGAUUGUUCACCCCACUCGGAGACCCGAAAGUCUGCCCAAUGUCUUCCGAGCGUUUCGAGCUGCGCACGAAACCUUUGGGCUGUAAUGUCAGUACCGUAACGGCGCUAACUGCAGUCGUAAGCGUAUUUUCAACACUUUUGCUGGUGGGGAUUAUCUUCGUAGUCGUGAGAUACCACGCCUCGCUGGGCUCAUUAUGGCGGCGUAUUUGGCGCCGGAAUAGUGGGGAGGAGGAGGAGGAGGAUGGUGAGCCGAAUGAAAAUACAGGCCUUUUACAUUCAACUAGGAGGGCUGCGGCGGGGAUAGGGAGGAAUUGGAGUUUUUGGGUUCAUAAUACGACGCCGGCCACUAAGGACAGAGGAGAGGGGCCAGGUCCGGGGACGCUGGAAAGGAGUGAUACUACGGGCGAUGAAGGUGAAGCAGUGGGAGGAAGGGAGUUUGAACAGAGAAGAGAGCGGAUCCUGCACAGAAAUGCAGAAGUUUAG